AUGCGCGAAAUUCAAGAAUCAAUCAUAAUUGCUGCGCCUCCAUCAAAAGUCUGGAGCGUCUUGAUGGACUUGGAGUCUUGGUCAAAAUGGAAUACUUUUGUCACCUCAAUCGAAGUGUACUCUCCACAUACUCAGCUGGCUGUUGGAAGCAAACAAACUAUCACGAUCGAAAACAACCAGACAUACACAAAUAUCGUAUCGGUGCUACAGCCCGAAAAGGAGCUUCGAUGGAACGGCAGCAUCUUGACGCCGAUUGUCUUUGAUACGGAGCACUGGUGUCGACUGGAGGCUGUUGACGAUGGACGAUCGACGCGAUUUACGCAAGGAGAGCGCUUUUCUGGCAUUUUGGCACCAAUAGCUGCAGCGGCGGGAAAGCUGAACGAGCUACGUGAAGGUUACGUGAGAAUGAACGGAGACCUGAAAAGAGUUGUCGAGGAAAGCAUAUAA